AUGAAUCCUGAGGAAAUUGACAAAAAUUACAAUGAUGAGGUUAUUAGGACCCUAUUAAAAACAUUAAGAUCGCACAACGAAAUUGAAAAAAAAAAGGCAAUGGAAAGCAAUAAAUACCAACAUCCUCAAACCAUCAAGCAGAGUUUAGGUGACACCCUUGGAGGCAUAGUUAUCGACUUGAUCCCUAAAGAUGAAUUGAAAUGGUGGAUGGAAAACGAAAAAGUACCCUUACAAUUUGAGUUGAUGCCGAAAAAUAUGCUAUCUGGGAACAUACAACUGACACCAGUGGAUAAUGACGAGGACACUAUGACAUUAUAUUUAAAUAUAAUAAUGCUCGUCGGUGAUCGUCUCAAGAAGCAAGCUGAAAUUAAACUGAACGAAGAACUUAAUGAAGCACUUAAAAAAAAAAGUCGAAGAAAAGCCAAACAGGGCAUUAAAACGAACAUAAUGAACAAAUGCAAUGAAGAAAUAGAAAAUUAUUCGAAUAUGAUUGCACGUUGUUUGAAAAACAUUUUAAAGAUGUCCGCAGAAAAACAGGAGAAAGAGAUGAGAAACGAAUUUAAUUACCAAAUGCAGCUGGCUCGAAGUGAACUGUUCGAAGAAUAUUUGGAAGAGAAAUGUGAAUGUGAAAUUUUCUGGGAAAAAGAACUGAGAACGAUAAAAGAAAAAAAUGAUAGAGAACUCAAAUUUUUGAAGAUAAUGGAUUUUAAUGCACAUAAAGACGUAAAAUGA